AGGACCAGCUGGAGGUGGGUGGAUGGGAGCGGGGUCUUAGUGGUGGUGCGGGGAAGCAGGGUCCGAUAUUGCACGGCCGGCUGGGCGCCGCCAGCGCAAUGAUGCUACUCCGCUGCCGGUGCCCGUAUUGCUGAGGUGCUGAGCGCGCGCCGCAGGUCGAGAUUAGGAGGCGGAGCCGGGCGGGGCGGGGCGGCUGCUAACUGAGGGUCCGAGCCACCGGUCCGCCCAAGCAGCAGCAAAUAGGCAGGAGGAGGAGGAAGAGGAAGAGGGGCGGCGGCGGACAAGAUUGCAGCGCGUCCGCCCGCCUCAGGGAGUCGCAAUCGAGGAACGACCGGGCAGGCAGCAGGCGCCCCCUGCAGCCGGGACAGGCAAAGUUUGACAUGUUUCAAAUUCCUGUGCAAAAUCUUGAUAAUAUAAGAAGAUCUCGGAAGAAAGUGAAGGGUAUUCUUGUGGAUAUUGGACUUGAUAGCUGUCAAGAGUUACUUCAGACUCUGAAAAGUUUUGACCCAGGAGAAAAAUACUUCUGCAAUACUUCAUGGAAUGAUAUAUCUCAUUGGGACAAUGUGGCUAAAAGAAAGAGAUAUAGAACAAAUCCAUAUUGCUGCAGCUUGUGCAAAUUUUCAUCAAAAUUUCUUAAUUCUUUCAAAAAUCAUCUGAACCGUUACCAUGAAGAUGAAAUGGAUCAAGAGCUAGUUGUUCCUUGUCCAGAAUGUUCGUUUGCUUCUCAUUCUAAAAUAGUAGGAAAACACCUCCGAAUGUUUCACUCCAAGAAAAAAAUACAAAACUAUAAUGUGAGUGGUGGUAUGAGACAAUUCCGGAAUGAUGCAGUAAACUUUGUAUGCCAGAAAUGUCAGUUUACUGACAUGCUGUACUACAAUACAAAGAAACAUGUGUUGGUAAAUCAUUUUCAAAAUCUAAUAAGCACAUAUUUUGAGGAGAGGCCUGAUGAAAGCGAAGAGAAUUUUACUGAUCACUACUGUAAAAUGUGUAAUGCUUUUGCAAAUAGCCGAGAUUCUUUAAUAUAUCAUGUCUUAACAUCUGAAGUACACAAAGAUCUGGAAAAUAUACUGGGGCGUGUAAUUUCAGUUCAGCCUAAAAAACCAGGACAAACAAAGUCACUGCAGAUUAUCAAUAUUGCUCCCAAGCCAUCUACAGUUGGAACUGCUACACCACUGAUUCCUACCUCUGUAGGAUCAAAUUCUACAUCACGUGUUCAACUUUCACUUCCAUCAGUUAAUCAGAAUCAAAAUAUGGUGUCAACAAAAGCAGUUCAUAACAUGGUUGCACCUUUGGGUGUUUCAGGAAGCUCCAAUAGUGUGACAGCUUCAACGGCAGUUGACCAGUUACAUAUUACCCUUUUUCCUGGUCCUCGCCCAGGAAGUCAGAAUAAUGUUGGUCUUCAGCCUGCAGUUUCCCAACCAGUUUUUGUUUCUCACCGUUUCCCCCUAAAACAGCCUGUAAGACCUGGAGUUCUUUGCCUAAAUCAGCCUACAGGAAACAUAAGUAGAGCUGUUCCUCCAGGAGUCAUUUCAUUCACUCGACCUAUCAGGCCUACUCUGCUUCCUGUCAAUCAACCAGUCAGAACUAUCAGCAGUCCAAUUAUGCCAGGGCCUGGUUCUAUUCCAGUUAACAGGCCUUCAUCACCUGGCAUCCUUGCUGUAAAUCGACCUAUUGGCAGUAGUUCUGGAAUUCUUCCAGUUCCCCAGACAAUUACAUCUGGAGUUCUUCAGUUUAAUCAUCCGGUCACACCAGGAGUUCUUCCUGUAAACCCAUCUGUUGGACCUGGGAUUGUACAGUUUAAUCGACCUGUUACACCAGAAGUUCUUCCUGUAAAUCAGUCUGCUAGACCUGGAGUGUCUCAGAAUGCUACUUUACUUACUGCUGGACCUAUUCUUAGACAGUUAGUUCCAACUGGCAAACAAGUUAAUGGAAUACCUACAUACACCCUUGCACCAGUUUCUGUUACUUUGCCUGGGCCCCCAGGUGGUGGGGUGGCAAGUGUUCCACCACCUCAUGUACCUGUUCAGCUGAUGCAACCUGGCCCGGUUACCCAGCUGUCUCAAGGUCCUGCUACUGUGCCAUCUCCUGUUGCAGUAAGUUCUACAAACUCUCUUACCAAGUCUUCUCCAACCAGUUCUGCAAUGAGUCUAGUUCUUAAACAGGCUAAGCAGUGGAAGACUUGCCCUGUUUGUAGCGAGCUUUUCCCAUCAAAUGUCUAUCAGGUGCACAUGCAAGUGGCCCACAAAUGUAGCACAUCAAAGACGGAGAUUGCUCUUGAAAUAGACAAAGUUGCAGUCUGUGCACCUUUUCUGAGGUGGCUAAAGGAUAAGACAGUGCGAUGUUUUUCUUGUAAAUGUUUUUUAUCUCAGGCAGAGCUUCUAAAACAUAUUUUCAUUCAUGGGUUAACUUGCCUCUUCUGUACCAGUAUUUUCCAUGAUUUAAAAUGCCUUGUGGAUCACACACGAACUCUGCAUAAUGGAAAGAAGAAACUGCACUCUGAUUAUGAUGAUAAAGGGUUUCAACUUGUGAGUGAUUCUGAGGAUCACCUAGUAUUCCCUCAUUUUGACUUCAAUAUAACUUCAAAAGAAUUUGGUGAAAGAGAAGUGCACCUUGUUGUACUUGCUGGGGUAAAUUCAAGGACACUUAUUCCUUUGUAUAUCAAACUGCAGCAUGAACGUGCUGAAAUGAAUAGAGAGAACAAGAAAGUUUCCACUUGCCCUUUUUGUUAUGGUACUUUCACUAGCACAGAAGCCUAUGAAAUCCAUUUGAAAGAGCGGCACCACAUCAUGCCAACUGUGCAUACUAUUUUGAAGUCUCCUGCUUUUAAAUGUAUUCACUGCUGUGGUGUAUACACUGGCAACAUGACUUUGACAGCUAUCGCUGUGCAUUUGCUUCGUUGUCGGAGCGCUCCUAAAGAAACCACGCCAACUUUGAAGAUGCAGCUUGAACUUGGUGAGAAGCAGGAGCUAUCACUUACAAAUGGGGAGAACCAUGAUGAUACUUCUCUUUCAGUCAAGAGGAAACAGUCUGAUCAUCUUUAUGCUGUUUCUGUUUCAGAAGACCAAAGCAAUGAUGACCAGCCGUUCCUGAUUAUAAAUAGCGGUACAGCCCAAAUUCCAAUAAAGGAGGUGAAUUGUGUGCCUUCCAAACGACAAAAGACUGAUCAUAAAACUGAAACUAAGGGAGAGUCUUCAGUUGACGAUCUUCAUGUGUUGGUGUUAAAUCCAAAGCCAUUCCAACAAAGCUCAAAUGAAGUCCAAAAAAGGUUUCUUGCGGAUUAUUUUCACAAGAAGCCAUAUCCCAGUAAAAAAGAGCUAGAAUUGCUGUCAUCCAUUCUGUGUGCAUGGAAAGUUGAUGUUGCAUCAUUUUUUGGGAGAAAAAGAUACUUCUGCCUAAAGGCAAUAAAAAACUUUAAGCCAUCUGUGCUUUUGGGCUUUAGUAUGUCAGAACUUAAAAAUGUAAAGCACAGAUUGAACUUAAAAUGUGAAUUGGAGGGUGUAUAAUUUUUUUUAAAAAAUAGCCCUGAUAUCAGGCAACCAAGAUUGCAUAUUACAUCAGUAACUAUUCCACCAAUUUAGUUUUUUGUAACAUUAAAAUAUUAGUGUUCACUGGCUACAUUUGCACACUUUAGUAAGCAAGACUUACAAAAAAAAAUUAUUAUUCACAAGCAGUUUGUACUUUGCCUGAUCAGUCCUUGGUUCCUUCCACCACUAAUAGUGACUACAGUAACAAGGAAAUCAGGAAGAAAAGGCUUAAUGUUAAAUUAGAUUCCAGAUUCCUGGCUUUUUGCUCUGGCUUGAAAUUCUGGCUUGUUAGGUGUAUAACAAAUCAUGAACUUAUGAGUUCUGACAUAAUGUGAAGUGUUUUUGUUUUUUUGGUAAGCUCAGGUUACUGUGGUUCUCUGGCUGGUGGAAAGUACCAAGAGUGAGUCACAGGGCAACGUACUGCUCCUGAAUGAUAAACUAGAUCUUUUAGACUCAUAGUUCACUAUUUUGUGUGAACACAAUUGGUGCCAUUGGGAUGUACUACAGAAUACCUGAAGUUUUAGUUCCUUUUGUUCUGUUUUGUUUGUUUCCUUGCUUAUGAUGUAGUUUUUUCUGUCCAUGGGAUUUUAUACAAUUGUGUAACAAAUUUCUAGUUUUUUUAAAAAAAUACCAAUUGUUUCUAAAAAAAAAAUAAAGUGUAUAGUUUUGGUAAACUAUCAAAA